AUGAACUACUUUAUUAUUGCCCUGCUUGCCGCAACUGCUAUCGCAGUCCCUCCGCCCUCUCUCGGGGUUGAUCUCAGCGCCGAGAACACCGAUGAUGCCUCAAUUAUCCGACGCGCAGAUGAUAGCUUGAUCGGCGAUUACCUUGCUGCUGCUACCGACCUAGCAGGCUUGGAUGACAGCUCACUCGACGACUACCUUGCUACUGUGACCGACUUGGCAAAUCUUGUCAAACGCGACGAUGAUAGCUUGGUGGGAGACUACCUUUCUGCUGCUACUGAUCUGACAAACAUUAUCAAGCGCAACGAGGAUGUGACCGUCGGCGGAGGUCUCAUCAGAGAUUGA